AUGGAGAGCCCCGGAAUCUACGGGCUCUAUCCGCUGUUUUUCUUCGAUAAACCUGGCGCAAAUGGUGUUUGCUACAGAGUUGCCCCAGGUUCGAUCUCCAAAAGUUACCUCAACGCAUUGUUUGCUCCACAACUAGGACCGGAAUCCGUAGAUGCUGGGAUUUUAAGGUUUGAGACAACCGGUCCACCCAAUGAGACACACCGUGGGCUGUUGUCAAACGACGCAGAAGUGGCAUGGUUCAAGUCGUGCUUUCAGUGGGCCCGAACGGCGUCGAUCAGGGUGGAAAGGCCUGAAAACCUCGAAACAGGGUCCAAAAAUGCGGAAAGAAGUCCUCAGGGAAUGGUUUCCAUUCCAGCAGAGCAGGUCGAAUCAUUGAUCAAAUCGAUCCAAAAGCUCGAGGUUUCUUUGUCGGAGAAGCAAGAAAAGACUACCAACGCCGAAACUAACCAUGCGGACUCCCAGUGUGACAUUCUGCACGAGGAAGUGGUUUGCGAUGGCUGUUUUCCUGAACCUUGGCAGGGGUCCAAGACCGCCUUCCCUUCUUGCCAGGAGUCCGGGUUCAUCAAGGGCCCAAGAUACAAGUGCGUGUACUGCUACAAUUAUGAUCUGUGCUCGACAUGUGUGGCUAACGGCGUCGAAAAUGGAACCCACAAAAAAUAUCACAAUAUGAUCAGAAUCAGCAGUCCUGACGCGGACCUCAACAAGCUCUGCUCAGCAUUUAAUAGCAGAACCCAAACGAAAUCGUGGACUGAGUCCGAAGCACGCAAGAACAGCAAGUUUUCGGUCUCUCAGACCGACAGAGACGUUGUUAUUGAUAUUCCUGAGCAGAACGCAGCGAUUUUCAAUUAUUUUUCCAAUGUCGAGACGGAAAAUGAGCUGGCAGAGCUGGUCCAGGAUCAUGAGAACUACCAGGAGCUCUUGAGUAAAGUGGGUGGCGACAAAAACAAGUUGAGCGAGGCCAUUGACCAGUUUCUCGAACCCAAAUACAGCGACGCUUCGUCCGGCUUGUUGGAUGCUUCAGUAGCUACGGCUCGGGAGGACGAUAAUCUGAUUGUGGUCGAGGUGAGCAAGCGUGAGCAUGUUAUCUCGUUCCGGUUGUGUAACAAAGGUCCCGACUCGGUGCCCAGUGGGUUGAAACUGGUAUUCCGGUGUUUCGAGCCCCCCAGCACUGUUCCUAUCAAAUGCACUUUGCACAUGGGCCCACAUGAGUUCCAGAGGGGCCAUUACAAGACGCUGAACUUCAACUGUCGCGGGAUGAUCGACCAUUUCUUGAUGCAGAACACCUAUCAGGUCGACUUGGUCGAUCACGAGGACCAAGUAGUCUACACGGGAUGCUCGCAGGGCGAGCCCACCAUUUGCUUGAGACCUUUGGUGCUGAUGGGCAUUCAGGAGUCCGUGUAUGCCGAGGCACGCGAUGACACGAGUCUAGCGCACUCUGUGCAUGACGACAGUGACGACCACGAUAUUAUCAGCAACACUGUUAGCAAUGACGAGAACGCAAAGUACUACUCAGAUUUGGAGGAAUACGAUUUUCUCAGCGACAGCGACAUCUAG